UGGUGUCAGUGUUGGCGGUUGCCUUGGUGGGGAUGACCGUGGUGCAUAUUGAGGAAAGUAAAUGUUGUCAUUUUACCACAUAAAUAAGUGUAAUGAAAACAAUUAAGUUAAUGGAAAAAGAAGUAAUCAAGAUUCGUAUUUCAGUUUUGUUUUGUUUUUGCUUGUAGGUAAAUACAAGAUAGACAGAUGUAGCUUUAACGAGGUCGUUAGUUAAAUAGUGCAGUGCAGUUUACAUCGAGUCGAAGCGAAGCAUCUGUUGUGUAUUGGAUUUUUAAAUUGUGUGGAAAAAGUCCCGCAAGUUUUGAAAUGUGAAACAAUUGCAAAAGAAGGCCUUUGUGUGUCGCAUUUUUAGUGUUAUUGUGUUGCGUGGAAAUGUUUGAUCUCAGACGUCAUUGUUGAUCAUUUGGAGGCCUGAGCAGGUGACUCGUUCGUUGCUGCAAUGGAGCUGCCGUCGGUCUCAGGUUAAUUAUACAGGUAUUUCGUGAAGGGUGAUGGCUGUGGCCGAGGAGGAUGCGGGAGUGACCCUCGUCUCCUUCAGUCGCAGUAGACCUAUACACCGAUCUCAGUCUUCUCCGUCUUCCGCUGCUGCUGCUGCUGCCAAGCCCCCUACGCCCACUACCCCGCGUCCUAGGCGCCCGCGAAACACCCGCCGGUCCCUGUCGCGCCUCCUGAGCAGGUGUACGGAGAGUGGGGAGGAGGAAGAGGAGGACCAACCCGACGGCCCCUCGAGGUCUCCUGCUGUGCAGCAGAAGCAGUGUACUGGACUGGGCUCUGAUCCCCAGCAGCGGCUAGCGAACGGGUCAACAUCAGGAGCAGCCGAAACCGCCGACCUCUCUCAGCGCGACGCCAAGAUCCAGUUGGUUGGCUUCAGGAGGUCGCACUCCUUCUGCGGCGACGCCAAGAGGAGCACCAAGAGAAUCAGCUGGCGGAGUAGCAGCAGCUGCCGGAGCUACGACUGCCAGGGUCAGCGAGACAGCGUCCUAGGUCCCCCCAGCAAGCCGAUGGACAACCCUGGCCCUAUGAGUGCUCCACGCUGAAGACGUCGCGGGAGGUUGAAGAUGGAGCGGGAGCG